GUGAGGUCAACACUUCCAAAAAGCAGCAGCAGACUGGGGCUGUAUAUAAAGCACUGUGGAUUCACUGCCUCUAAGGACAAGAGCUAACUGAAGACAGCAUUUCAGGAGCGGCAGAGCCAAAUCUUCAAUAUGUCUGCAUUGUGGCUGCUUCUGGGCCUCCUGGCCUUGACUGGCUCAUCUGAAAGCAGCAAUUGGGGAUGCUAUGGGAACAUCCGCACCCUGGACAGCCCGGGAGCAUCCUGUGGGAUUGGAAGACGUUAUGGCCUGACCUACUGUGGAGUCCGUGCUUCUGAAAGGCUGGCUGAAAUAGACCUGCCUUACCUGCUAAGAUACCAGCCCAUUGUUCGGACAGUUGGCCGGAAGUACUGCAUGGAUCCUGCAGUGAUCGCUGGGGUUCUGUCCAGGGAGUCUCUCCGGAGCAGGGUUCCAGUCAACGUGGUGCAGGACAUAAAUGUUUUUGCUCCCAAAUCUUGGAUCAGCGAGUCCCAGGUUUCCCAGAUGACUAAGGUUCUGACUACUAGAAUCAAAGAAAUCCAGAGGACAUUUCCAACCUGGACCCCCGACCAGUACCUGAGAGCUGGGCUGUGCUCCUACAGCGAGGCUGCUGGCUUUGUCCGAAGGGGCCAGGACCUGAGCUGCGACUUCUGCAAUGAUGUCCUUGCACGCGCCAAAUACUUCAAGAGACAUGGAUUCUAGAACUCUGGCGAAACCCCAGUUCAUUCAACUGUUACGCAGAAAAAGCUAGCCAGUGGGGCUGCCAUUGCAAAUCUGAGAUUGACUUAAAGGUCAUCAAAAUAAUUAUGAAUCAUA